CUCGCCAACCGUCGAGGGCAGCUCGAAAGCCUCAGCACUACCUCCCUCCCGCCUCGCACUGGCUCGCCAUGGUCGCCCUCUUCACGACCGCCUUUCACUUUGGCUGGCCCUGGCCGGCCCAGGUCUACGCCGUCCUGAACAAGUACCCGAACCCGCUCGCGGCACACGUCGUCUCGAUGGACGUCGUCGACCGCCAGAUACUCGAGGACGGCACCAUCCGCAGCGAGCGCAUCCUCGGCAUCCAGCAGGACAGCCCGCGAUGGGUCAGGAGGAUGCUCGGCACGCCCGACGUCACGUACGCGCGCGAGGUGUCGUUUGUCGUCCCC